GAAUAAUGGAGGCACAUCAUGCAGCAGGUCUCGGCGUUUGCAGCAGAGCUUUCAGCCCUGCACACAUCAGGCUGGAGCUCAUUUAACCCGAGGAUCUGUAAUUUACUGUAAAGUUUCCUCUCUUUUUUUUUUAAUUCACAGCAUAAGGACUUCUUUCAUAUAUUUUUCUGCGUCAUGUCUUUUCACGUCGUCUGACUUUUUCCGUGUUUUGAUGUUUAUGUGAGGGGGAUUAAUGGGCCCACCAUGUUUUUUUCCAACAUAAAUCAACAGUUUUUUCCUACGUUUUAGUGCAGGCUGCUUUCUGUUUACCUAUAACGGGGAAUGGGAGGAUCUCGUUGGGUAUAUGGUUUUUUUCAAAGCUGUUAGUAGAUUUUCUGAAGGCUGGUAUGGGCCAACUCUUCGCCCCACAGAUGGCUCUUUCGGAGGUGAACGCACGUGAACCUCGCUGCUUAAGGUGAAAUGAGCGGCUCAGGUUUUAGUUUGGAGGAUUUGCGACAUGGGCUGAGCUCCUGUGAGGACUCUUUUCUCCUGAAAGCUGUUGAAUAACCCAAGGAUGGACGACGGAAAACGGAGACGGAUAAAACUCCAAUUUUUCGGUUAGACUGAUCAAAUACCUUUACCUGUACACGCGGAAGGCGCGCACGCACCGGCGCGGGACACCACCGGAGCCGCUGAGCGCACCGGAUCGGAAUUAAAGCGUCAGCCAAAUUUCCAGUCACAAAAUUUGAGCUUUUUACAGCGGAGAUUGGUUAUAGAUUGAUAUAAAUUGACGUGUAGACACAGUAUUUCUAGUGCUGCACCUUUUUUUUUAAAGAAAAAAUCUAUUUAAAAACUUCCAUUUAAAGUCUAAAGACUAAAUGACGAUGCGUCUUUAUGUGUGUGGUGUUCAAAUAUGCAGGCGCAUGGAUGAACAAUGCUAUAAAAUGACCUUAGCAGAAUAAAUGUAAAGUCAGCAGAUGUGGUUUUCCUUCUCCACAGCAAGUGGUUUUGACCAAAAUAGCCUGUUAGAGCUGGAUAUUGGAUUUUUUUUUUAUUUUUUAGCCUUUCUUAUUUUACUCUGCAAAGUUUUUGGAGACACUGGUUUAACCCUCAGUUUUAAAUUUCAAACCACUUUACGCACAUAUUUCUUCAUGCGUGGUUUUGAGACUCGGCUGUAGUUACAGCCCACCACAGUGACCUUAAUUGUUUCAGCUGAUUUCCUCCGCGGCCGUUCAGGGAGCACCUCCGUCCCUCCGUCUCCCCACCGGACAAUGUGGCUCCUCCGCCUCGCGCUGCUGCUGCUGCUGCUCCGGUUCUCCGGCGUGUUGCUGGUGGAGGGGAUCAACACGUGCCAGUCCAUCAACCUGGACAAGCAGAAGUCGCGGCGCAUCGAGGCCGUCCGCGGGCAGAUCCUUAGCAAGCUCCGCAUCCGCAGCCCGCCCGACGAGGACGAGGACCCGCCGGCUGGCUCGGUGCCCCCGGAGGUCAUGCUGCUCUACAACAGCACGCGGGAGCUGCUGAAGGAGCGCGCUCGUCUGGCCGAGUCCACGUGCGAGCGCGAGAGCAGCGAGGAGGACUAUUACGCCAAGGAGGUGCAGAGGAUCGACAUGCUGCCUCCCCGCACCGACACAAAUGUGGUCCAGCCAGCAGUCCCCAGCCCCCACUACAGAGUCGUCCGCUUUGACGUCAGCGGAGUGGACCUCACCAACAGCACCCUGGUCAAGGCUGAGUUCAGGAUCUUCAGAGCUCCCAACCCGCAGGCCCGGGCCUCAGAGCAGAGAGUGGAGAUCUAUCAGUUGCUGAAGCCAGAUGAAGAGAGCACCUCCACUCAACGUUAUAUUGACUCCCGCACCGUUCAGCUGAAGGCGAAGGGAGCCUGGAUCUCUGUGGAUGUCACCGACACCAUUAAGGACUGGGUUUCAGAUCCAGAGAAUAAUCUCGGCCUUAAAUUGGGCGUCCACUGUCCCUGCUGCACCUUUGUCCCGUCCACCAACAACAUAGUUCCUAACAAGAGUGAGGAGCUGGAGGCUCUCUUUGCAGGUGUGGACGACGAGAGGCUUCGUCAGAUAAGGAAGCCCGGCCAGGUCAAAGGCCAGGCGGAUUUCAGCACCAAGACGCCGCACCUCAUCCUCACCGUGCUGCCCAGUGACAGAGUGGACAACCCGGCCAAGAAGAACCGCAAGAAGAGGGCGGCCGCCACAGACACCACAACCUGCUCCCGCGGCUCAGACCAGGGCUGCUGCCUGCGCUCGCUCUACAUCGACUUCAGGCGUGACCUCAACUGGAAAUGGAUCCAUGAGCCCAAAGGUUACAAAGCCAACUUCUGUGCUGGCAACUGUCCUUACCUCUGGAGUGCCAACAACCACUAUAACAUGAUCCUGCCUCUGUACAACAAGCUGAACCCUGAGGCCUCCGCCUCGCCCUGCUGCGUUCCCCAGGACCUGGAGCCCCUCACCAUUAUGUACUUCAUAGGCCGCACACCACGUGUUGAGCAACUCUCCAACAUGGUCGUCAAGUCCUGCAAGUGUCGCUGAGUUCAGAGGAAGAGGAGAGGGAGGCAAAGAGGAGGAGGUCGAGAACAGGACCCAACCUACAAACUGACUUCCAACUGGGGGGAGAAUAAAGACGAGAGGACAGAUGGAACCUUUGUUCAGUAAUCUUCGCUGUUUGAUCACCUUUAGCAGACUUUUGAGAUCUUAUAUUUUUACGCUUCCUGACUCAAAUAUCAGGAUUUUGCUCCAAUUCUUUACAGGCAUGAAAACUUCAUUUUUCUUCAUUUCUCUGGAACUUUCCGUCUGAUAUAGGACACUGUAAAUACAACCACAUAGCUGUAUUAAACCUGUACUUGGAUAUUAAAGGGGGCGUUGUGUGAUUUGGCCA